AUGGCCUCUAGUGAAGAAGAAGGUCAGUGCACGAUUCAAGAUGCAAUAAUAAUAGAUAUGAUUGUAGGAGAAAAACUUGACAUUGCGAGACCACAAUUGCAAGUGUUCAAGUUUAUUGAGCCCCAGCCAAAGGCCAAGAUUGGCCAACCAAAUGGACUUGCUAGGCAUGAAGGGUCGGCCAAAGUGAUGGCGAGAAGUCAUCCGGGUAGUUCUAGUCAUCCUAGUAUUUCAACCCAUCGCCAACAAAAUCGCAAGAUCCAAGUCAAGAAUAAGAAGGGCUCCAAGUAA